AUGAGGCGGAAUACACAUCCUCCUGUUACGGCAGCAGAAGGAAAAGGAAGAAAGGAACGCAGUCUGUAUGAUGAUGAUAUAUAUGUUUCGCCAAUUCUUGAAGGGAGGCCGUCCUGGUCAGGAACACGCUGGACCCGCUUUUUCCCAGAACUGUCGUCGCAUUUCUCGCUUGUCUCCCCUACGAGUCCUCGAGAGCCGCAAUACUUGCAUGGCUCUCUCACGGCAACUGUCUAUAUUCGAGAAAACAAGUCCGAGGAAGACGCCUCUGAACCGGCGACAGGGGCGUCUUCGCUAUGGUCUGACGAACUGGUUGAUGACUCCUCUUCGUGCUAUAGCCGCAGAUCGUCUAUCACCAGUCUAGGGUCUGAACACUCCGCAUCAGCUUACAGGUCUGCCGACGCAUUCUCCAUCAUCUCUCCCAUCAGGGCAGGCGUGUUUGACGAGAUAUCCGUGCAUCGGUCCGGCACGAACUUGUCGCGGAGAUUGUCAAGAUCGCCAUCUGUGCGGGAAAAGCCGCUACCGUGCGAACCCCCGAUCCAAAUGGCUCCACUCUCAAUCCGACGCAAGAGGACGCAACCGCCAUUGAUUCGUGAGGAUAGCCUGGCCGAGAUUGUCGAGUCGACUGCGCCAACGCACGGCCUUCAGCCGACGCUGUCGCAAGCUGCAGAGGAACUCGAGAAUGCACUUGAUAGUCUUGUGGAACGGAAAAACUCCCUGCCACAUAUUGAUAUACCCCUGCAGGUGAGCAGAGGUAAUAUGGAUAUGAUUCCCUCACGCUCUGCUCCCAGCCCGCCCCAUGACCUAUUAAAGAGCAGAAAGCCUAGGUUGUCCACUUUGUCGCCGGAGGAGGAAAUGAAACAUGCCAAGAAACCCCACAAAGGCCGGCUCUCUUUCAGCGUGCCUGGCUUUGGCAAGAAGAGGGACCGGCCCCAUUUCCGCUCCCUGAGCGGCUCCAACAUUGUUGGUCGACUUGAGCGCAAACACGCCCACCACGAGGUCGCUAUAUCAACAGUAGCGGUUUCAAAGGACUCGGAAAAGGAAAAUGACGCAUUUGGAUCGACUGACACAGACUUCCUCAGCCCACCGCCCCCUCCUCAAAGACCAGCGUCGGUCAGCAGUGAGCGUGAGCUGCGCUUGAAAUUACCCCGUCUCCAAACACAAGAAGUGCGAUCACCAGGCUUGCGACAGAAGCCAUCAUCAGUGAAAGUCCCAACUACAGUGGAAGCUACCCAGAGAACUGAGAAGGCGUCGCCCAAGCCCCGAAAAACAUUUUCGUUAAACCUCGGGGGCACGAUGUCGAAGAACGCUGCCGCGGCGAAAGCUAUCGGGCCGAUGUGCGAGAUGGAUGUUGACUCGGCGCCGAUAGUCGUAUACGAGCUCGACGCCGGUCUGCCCGAGCAGCAAAUUAAGACUCCGGUUGUGCCUCCCCCUUUUAUUCCCUCUGGGCAGAUGCCGGCCACACUUCUUGAUGAGAUAGUCCUGAUGCUCUUGCGACAUUGCAGCUCGUUGCCGGACCUGUUCAAUUUUGCUGUUAUGAAUCGGCAGUUCUACCGUGUUUUCAAGCAAAAUGAGCUCGACCUGAUCAAAACUACGGUUUUCCAAAUGUCGCCUCCGGCCUGGGAGCUGCGCGAAAUGAGCCCGCCCUGGGCCAGCGAAUGGCAGGUCCUGUUUGACCUGGACGCUCCAGUCCCGGAGUAUACGCCCUCUUCCUACCUCGACCGCUACACCCGCGACCUAUAUACGCUUGUCAGACUGAAGGGACUCAUUCUUGCUCGCUGUACUACUUUUCUCCGUCCAGAAACUGUGCGUGGUUUGUCAGGCAUAGACGACGCCCGCGCGGAGGAGAUCGACAAUGCUUUUUGGAGACUCUGGACAUUCUGCCGUAUUUUUGGAUGUGGGAAAGGCCGAGAGGGAGAUGUCGUUGGACAGAUAGAUUGGUUGAAUGGCGGCGUCUUGGCCACGAGUCAACAUGCCUCGAUCACCAUGUCAAUAAGUGAGCCGUUCGGUAUGAACAACGUGCUCCUUGAGCCUCCCGAAGGGUUCGGCCGCGGCAACCUAGGUGGGCUCUCACAUAGCCAGCUUUACGACAUGAUGGAGAUCUGGACCUGUCUCGGGGUUCUGCUGCAGCCAAUCCACGGCAAAUGCGAGGCAGCGCGGAAAGUAGGUGUAUUCAAUGGCCAUAAGGCGGAGAAGGAUCCUGUCAAGGAGGAGGAAACAUUAGAGGAAUGGACAUAUUACAUCCUCACAUUGGGCCUCUCCGCCGUCCUUGCCCUAGGCUCCAUCGCAACCGUCGACAACGCCGAUGAAAUCUUCCAGCGCGCUCAAUUGUUGGGUCUGACGAAAUGGGAAGCUGCUGACGCAAGCCGCUCGAUCUUCUUCCGUGAAGCUGUCUCAAAGGCAUACAAACACCGCCAACGCUCUCCCCAGAGAAUGUCACCUGUCUGCCAAACCGACUCAAACCCUACUAGACACUCCGGCUGCAGCAACACUUCCCCAACAAACAGCGUCAUAUGCAAGCUGCACCGUCGCCGUCAAGCCGCCUAUGCCGAGCAGCUCCGUAACCGCCGCGCACAGAACGCUGACCUCUCCUACGUCGAAGAACGCCCGAUAUCCAGCUAUGCGGAAAUCAUGAACCGUUUGGCCGGUGCACCUACACAUCCACUUUACCGACAACAAGCCGAAGAACCCGUGCCGCCUUUACCAACCCCAGCAUCAACAGCAGCUACUCCACUGCCACCACCGGCGGCGGCAGUUCAACCACCGCAAGAUCCCCCAAUCAACACGCACAACAUUCAAAUCCCUUACACCAACGCCUGCCCACCAAGGCCUCCUGUCCAAGCACCGCAAAUUCGCGACCCAGCCGACCAAGCCAUCGAGAUGAUGGUUUGCGAGCUCGGGUUCGCCGAGGAAGACGCCAAAUGGGCGCUCAAGAUCACAGAUACCGGCGAGGGGAUUAACCCCAAUGCGGCGGUGUCUCUGCUUCUCCAGGAGUAUCAGAGGCAGAAUCUGGAUAUGGGCCGGAGUACAAAUGGUUAUCCCUCGCCCGGGCUGAUCGGAUCUGGACAAUCGACUGAGCCAAGAAAUAGUAUCCUUUUCUCGGUGAUGCAUAGCCAGGAGGCGAUGGGUUCGGGAUGGAGGUGGGCUUAGCUUACCUACCUGCCUACCCCCAACCCACUGGCACUUCCUUUUCUCUCGUUCAUGAUGCAAAGAGAUACGCGCCAUGUCUAUUUCUUUCUUUCUCUCUUUCUUCCUUCUUUCUUGUUCGUCGGGUUGAGCGCUUCAGCGUUUAUUAUGUUUCCAGCCUCAGCGUUCGGUCGGCGUCAAAGAGUUUGAUUCGAUACCCUAAAAGUGUAAUGUGUAUAUAUCAGUUUGUCAUUUCAUAUAGCAUCUAUGAGAAAUAUACGGAGUACAUACAGU